AUGGAAACCAGCGGGCCUUGUAGCCUUCCUAUUCCAGCUUCAUCACCGUCCUUGUCCAGUGCUCCAACUAUUUUCAAGUUUGGGUCCCCUAUGACUUCAGCUUCAACAGUUUCUAUAGACAAUGUGUCAGACACCGAAGCCAAGGCCAAAGAGAAAAGUUUUGGCAAAUCUACAAGUGUUCUAUCAGUUACAACCGCAGAAAGUAGCAAACCUGCUAACACAUCUUCCAUGAGUGCCAGCCUAGUGGCUAGCCCUUUCAGUGUUACAUCUCCCACAGCUGCAGGCACUGGGAGCGUUACUUUUGGUGGCACAUCUUCUGCAAUUGGAAAUAAUGGCAGCAGCAUUUUUGGUGAGACAUCUUCAACAAUCAUGGGCAUGGGAAGCAGCAUUUUUGGUGUUCCAUCUUCCUCAGUGGCAAGUACAGGAAGCAGUACUGUGGCAAGCACGGGAAGCAGCAUUUUUGGGGGCACAUCUUCCACAAUGGGAAGCACAGGAAGCAACAUAUUUUGUGGCGCGACUUCCACAAUGGCAAGCACAGGAAGUAACAUUUUUGGUGGUACCUCUUUGAGUACAGGAAGUAGCAUUUUUGGUGGCACUUCUUUGAGUACAGGAAGUAGCAUUUUUGGAUGUAGUGCUUCAACUACUUCUGCAGCUAUCAAUCAGUCGCAAUGUUCAAAUCCGUUUGUGGCCAAUAAUGUCCAAAUAUCUGCAGUUGGAACCGGAGGAGCAGUUUCAACUCAAAGCAUCCCUAUUCAUUUUGGUUCGUCAGCAUCAUCUCCUUCAUUUGGGUUAGCUGGGAACACUGCUUUUUCUUCUGGGGGUUCUCUGUUUGCCUCUUCAGCCACAGGAUCUAAAACUUUUAGUUCAGGUUCUACUUUCGGACUUUCGUCUUCCUCUUCAGUUGCCAACUCUAGUAGCUCCGCAAAUAGCUCCACUUCAGGUGUUUUUGGUUCUAGUUGGCAAUCUCCCGGUUCUUCCAUAUUUAGUUCUGCAUUUAACUCUUCAUCUUUGUCAACUGGCUUUUCUUAUGGUGCAUCCUCAGUUUCUGCUGCUGCAUCUAAUGGUUCACCUAUUUUCUUUGGAUCAUCCACCGGUGCACCAUCAUCAUCAUCAGUUUUUUCUUUUAGUUCAGCUGCAGCUGCUACCUCCUCACAGCCAGUUUUUAGCAACUCCCCAGGGUUUGCUUUCAAUUCAGCUCCCACGAGCAAUAAUGAACAGAUGAACAUGGAGGACAGCAUGGCAGAAGACACUGUUCAGGCAACGACACCUCCAACUCCAGCAUUUGGUCAACCAACCAUCUUGCCACCUCAGUCAGGUUUUGUGUUUGGUGCAACUGCUCCAUCAGGAGCUAGUCCCUUCCAGUUUGGCCAGCAGAAUAUAGCUGCCCCACAAAACCCUUCUCCGUUUCAGGCUUCUGGUAGUCUUGAAUUUAAUGCUGGAGGUAGUUUUUCAUUGGGCACUGGUGGGGGUGAUAAAUCAGCCCGAAAAUUUGUCAAAGUUAAGCAUAAGCAGAGGAAGAAGUGA